AUGUCCGUCAACCCUAUAUCAUCCGCUUUUAAUGAGGGAAUACUCGAAGAGAAUACCUCACAAAGUCGUGGCUGGACAAAUUUGCACCCCAGGAUUGAGAGCAUGUUGGAAAUGGUUGACAACAGGACGACUCUCUUUCUAGGUGCUGCAGCGUCCUCCUUCAGGCCGACUGACUUCCCGGCCUGGGAUAAAUUCAUCGAGCUCUUGUAUAGCUCCCUGAUUGAUGUUGCGUCUGCGGAGCUCGAAGAAAACGACCGCACUGAGGUCAGGAACGAACUCAAGAAAUGCACCGCCGGAGCGCUCCAGUGGAACAAUCUCGACCGAGUACCCAACUACAAGUUCACCGAAGCCAUUGCACGUCGCCUCGGAAAGGACUACCUUCGCCUCUUGAACGUGUUUGGGACACAAAGGAGUGAUGACGGCUGGCUAGUCAACCACGCACACAGGUGGGCGGCAAAGUGUCUCAUGGAUGGGAGCGCCGCCGCAGUCGUCACAACAAAUUUUGACGAUUGUAUUGAACGCGCGCUCGAGAAAGCUCAGGCAAACGUGUACCGGCUCACUGGCAACCGCCACGUCGAUGGCCCGGAAAUUGUCGAGCACAUGCACAACACUACCCAAAGGCUAGUUCUGGUGGUCAGCGGCCCCAAGUCUUGCCAGUUUGCGCAAGCUUUGCUUCCUCAACUUGGAAAAACGGUGUCAUUAUUGUUCAAGCUCUAUGGAUUCUGUCAUGUGCCGGAAACCUGCAUCGAUACCCGGUUGCAGAGGCAGCAAGGCCCUCCCUCUUACGCAGUCGACAUUCUGGAUACUCUUCUCGUCGGAAGUGUGUUCUUUCUUGUCUGCUACAGCGGCGGUGAUUUUAACGACAACACGGACUACCUUCGAAUGGUCCAUAACAAGGAAACAGCACGGCUUGUAUGGCUUCAAAGACGCGUUGACCAAGUCGAGCCUGGCGUAAAAGCACUUUCUGACGUGCUGCAGACCGCAGAUACUGGCGACCAUGGUCUCUGCCUUCUGCACGGGUCAAUGCGUGGAGAACAGGUGGAAUGGGGCACAGAGCCUUCCGACAAUGCCGCCAAACUACUCCACAACAUCCUAGCUAUUGAACUCAGCGAGAACCAACGCGCUUCAAUCUGCCCCGAAGUUGAUCAGCAGUGUUCAAUAAUCAAGAAUUUGCACCAGAGUUUCAACAACAAUCUGAACAACCAGCAGUCGCACGCCCAAUCGUGGGUCCUUAGCUCAUUGUACGGGCUUCUAUUGCUGUGCGGCGCACAGCCACGCGCCGCCCGUGAAGCGCUAGCUUUUGCUCAGAAUUCUGCGUAUCUGGUCGGCGACUUGCAGUCGUCUAACUUGAUUAAAAACCUAAUUCGCGAAUUAGGCAUUGGGAGCCGCUCUAAGUCUGAAGAGCAGCCAACAUGCCAGAGGCGCGAGGGCUCGGCACUCACCGCCUUUAUUCCUUCUUUGGACAAUGUCAAUGCAAAGGCCAACUUGUACGGAGUUCCGCCGUCGCUGUUCUUUCGUGCUCUUUUGCAUCGUGCGAUGCUGUUCGCAGACAGAAUCGCCAUUCCGCCGCAGGUGCUCACCAACUCGAAAGAGUUUCACGGUUGGUACACACCGGCGGGAGAUUAA